AUCAAAAUCUGAAAAAAGAAGAAAAAAAGUUAAAUUAUAAACUUCAGAUCUAGUCUAUUGACACCAACAUUCCACCAUCGUCUUCAUUAAAAUUUCUCAAUUAUCUUUACAUCGCUUUUCUCCUAUUGGUAUAUAAGCUUUGCCUUUCCCUAAUUUCUUGCAUAAGGUCCCUCGCCCUUUUUCAUUUGAAGCAGUUUCUAAUUCUAUAAUUUCUAUGACCCCAUUAUCAGAUUUAUAACAUUAUUACAGGACACAGAAACACAUACGCACGCACCCUCACACUCACACACAGUGUCAUCAUCUCCUUUACACCUGUUUCUGCCAUGGCAACUGAACCUUGAGGUUUCAUUGAUGGUUUAUUGGACUUAGGCCGUCUUUCAACUAAUUCUUGAAAAUACCCUUUUACGGAGAUCUGGGCUGCCCUUCAAAAUCCUUGUCUUUUUCUACAAAUCAUCAAUUUUGGGAACUGAAUAGAUCCGAAAUUGAAAAAUUCUAACAGUUUCCAUUUUGGGUUCCUUGUUCCAUAGCUAUUUUGGUUGUUUGUGGCUUAAAGGCGUAAUCUUGGCCCAUUUUCUGCUUCUUUAUAGCUAAAAAAUUAGUUCUUUUACCUUUAUUUUUUGUUUGUUUCCUGUUUAGUCCCUUAUUUCUCCAUCCAUUUUGAUGGUUAAGAGCAAAAUGUUUGGGGGUAAUGGGGUUUUCUACCCUAUUGUGGGCUUUGCAUCGUGUGUGGCCUUCAUAUACUUAUCCUUUGGUGAUCUGUGGAUCAAUAUUCACAGUGAAGUACAACUUAGUUUUGUGGAGAGAAAUGGUACUCAGUUCCUUGUUGAUGGUAAGCCUUUCUAUUUUAAUGGGUGGAACUCUUAUUGGAUGAUGGACCAUGCCGUGGAUGAAUCUACCAAGUAUAGAAUCAGGACAAUACUGCAAGCUGGUGCUAGGAUGGGUCUCACUGUUUGCAGAACAUGGGCUUUUAAUGAUGGUGACUAUAAUGCCCUUCAAAUUUCACCUGGUCGAUUUGAUGAGAGAGUGUUCAGAGCCUUGGAUCAUGUUAUUGCGGAGUCAAGGAGGUAUGGGAUAAGGCUAAUGCUAUGUUUAGUCAAUAAUCUUCAAGCAUACGGUGGCAAAACGCAGUAUGUUAAAUGGGCAUGGGAUGAAGGUGUUGGCUUAAGUUCUUCAAAUGAUUCGUUUUUUUACGACCCGUCAAUAAGGCACUAUUUCAAGAACUAUGUCAAGACUGUUCUAACGAGGAGGAACACCAUAACUGGAGUUGAGUAUAGGGAUGAUCCAACCAUCUUUGCUUGGGAGUUAAUCAAUGAGCCCCGUUGCAUAACUGAUAAAUCUGGUGAUACUCUUCAGGAUUGGAUUGAAGAAAUGUCGACUUUCGUGAAAUCAAUCGACAGGAACCAUUUGAUAACUGUGGGACUCGAAGGAUUUUACGGACCCAAAAGUCCUAAAAGAUUAACCGUGAAUCCCGAGUUCUGGGCAUCUGAUAUCGGCACUGAUUUCAUUCGCAAUUCCAAGCUCUCAACCAUUGAUUUCGCAUCAGUUCAUAUUUACCCCGAUCACUGGACACACAAUCCGGACUUCGAAUAUAAAUUAAAAUUCGUCUCCAAGUGGAUGCUAUCCCACAUUGAGGAUGGUGAUAAGGAACUGAAAAAGCCCGUAAUGUUUACCGAAUUCGGAUUAUCCACCCUGAACAAGGAUUUCACCCCCACACAACGUGAGAAAUUCUACAAAGUGAUUCUCGACAUAAUUUACAAAUCGGCCAUAAAAAAUAGGUCGGGAGCCGGAUCUUUAGUCUGGCAGUUUCUGGUCGAGGGCAUGGAGGAAUUUAACGACGAUUUUGGGAUAGUUCCUUGGAAAAGGGCAUCGACUUACGAGCUUUUUACAGAACAAUCUUGCAGGCUAGCGAGGGUUCAAGGGGCUCUUCCUACACAAUUGGACUACUUGAGAAAAUUAUGCACAAGAAGAUGGUGAGUGAACUGGAAUUUAUAUUAUAUGUAUACUGCUGUGCUAGGUGAAAACCAAAUUUCUGCUUAGAGCUGUGUGUUUUUUUG